GGUCCGUCAAACAGAUCCGUGUAUGCAUGUGCCGGUUAAACGGGUAUAUUUGGUGCCUUCUAGGACUAGGACAAGGACCAUGGUUCUAUUUACACUGCUCGCCCAAGCUGAAGCAUCCGCCAGAUUUUUAUAUUCCCCCACUUUCUCACGCUAAAGAUCAUCUUUUUCACAAAUCUUCGCCGCCUUAUACAAACUAAAUCUAUUCCAGGAUGGAAACACAAACCACAUCGCCAAAAAGAGCUCCUGGACUCAGUGCAGAAGUGGUUGGGAAGGCUUUUGUGGAACAGUACUACGGUAUUCUUCAUCACUCUCCAGGACAGGUCUACAAAUUUUAUCAGGAAACAAGUGUGUUAAGUCGCCCAGAUCCUAAUGGCUCUAUGACGUCUGUGGCAACCAUGGAUAGUAUUAAUGAAAAGAUAUGCUCCUUUGAUUACAAAAGUUACAAGGCAGUGAUUAAGACCGUUGAUGCUCAGGAUUCCUACAAUGGUGGGGUGAUUGUUUUGGUUAUUGGGAGUUUAACUGGAGAGGACAAUUUGGAAAGGAAAUUCACCCAGACAUUUUUUCUUGCUCCACAAAAAGUUGGCUAUUUCGUUCUGAAUGAUAUUCUCAGGUAUGUUGAGACAGAUGUUUUUAGUACAACAGAAGGAAAGGACGUUGAGGAAGAUGAUAACCCAGAAGCUAAUGCAAAAAUGGUUGGAGUUGAUGAUGCACAGACAGUUGUUCCAAGCCCUGAUCUAGAAGCGGUUGAUGAGCCUGAAUGUCCAAAUGUUUACCCAGCUACCUCUCACAUAGAAGAGGUUGAAAAUGUUGACAUAGAAGUGCAUAGCAUGUUGGAAGAUGAGAAACAAGUUGAUAUUGAUAGAGAAAUACAAACAGAAGAUGAUUUUCAUAUAAAUGAGAACCAAAUCUCUGCAAGUCCGGAGUCAACUACUUCUGCUGCCCUAGACGACGCGAAAAAAAUGUCAUAUGCAUCUGUUCUUAGUUCACAGAUGAAGAAAGGGGCAACAAAAGUAUAUGUGCCCAUCCGCGAUCCAAGGGUGAAGACUGAAAAACAGUCAUCUAGCUUGGUAGUGAGUGCUCCCGCACCUGAACAACCACCCGCUCCUACAGCCGCCAGUGGAGUUAUUGAUGAAAGUGUGGAUGCACAAGAUGGGCAUUCUAUUCAUGUUCGAAAUUUGCCUUUCGAUAUAACAGUAGAUGAACUGGAGGGUGAAUUUAAGAAAUAUGGACCUAUUAAGCAUGAAGGUGUUCAAGUCAGAAGUAAUAGGCAACAGGGAUUCUGCUUUGGCUUUGUUGAAUUUGAAGAUAUGAGCUCUAUGAACAAUGCUAUAGAGGCUUCACCUAUUAUGAUUGGGGACCGAAAAGUAGUAAUUGAGGUAAAAAGGACUACAGCCCGAGGUGAGGGGAGAGGUCGGUUUUCUUCGGGUCGAGGGUACCGAAAUGAAAGGUUCAGGGACCAUGGCGAUUUCGCAGGAGGUCGUGGCUAUGGGAGAAAUGAUUAUGGAGGUCGUGAAUUUUCAGGCCGCACAAGGGGGGGCCAAGGUGGUGGAAAUGAAGGAAGAGGAGGGAGGUGGGGAAGGAGAGGUGGUCUGUUGAGCCAGAAUGCUGCAGCUGCUUCAUCAGCAUACUAAAGCUAAACGCUUUUUGUCCCCAAUUUUGAAACUUCAAUUGCCACUUGCCAUGACAGUGCAGAGGACCAAUAUUAUGAUGAUGAUGAAAAGUUAGUAAUUCUGAUUCGUUCAUGUUCUGCCCUGAGGAGAGUAGCGCUUUUGUUUUCAUCCAUGUUUAGACUGCUGUAUUUGAGUACUUUUUUAACCCUGAGGUUUUGUAUGGGCUUGUUGUUUACUUGUUUUUACCUUAGGUGCCUGCGUUGCUCCCACGAUUAAACCAAUUCAUGGGGCCCAUAUUCCGAUAGUAUUUCAACAAGUUUUAUUUAUUUAUUUUGUAUGGUUAUCUGAAAAUCAAGCUGAAUAAUCCAUUGCCUUUGUGUUAAAAUAUAUUUGAUUCAUUUAUGCUUAUGUUAGACUAGAAGUAUAUGCACAGGAUGGUAAUAAG